AGUGUGAACUUAAAUAUAUUUAUAUGUGUGUACAUAUAUUUUCUUUUUUAAUAUUCUGGUUAAAUGAGAGGCUAUUGGUCCUCUUUUAGUUUUAAGAGUCUAAUGAUGUGUACAUCUAAUGCCCAUUCCAACUGGAUUGUAACACUGCUUGGGGAAGAUAACGUUAAAAAAAGUAGUACCGAGAUUACAGCAGCUGGUGUCCUAAAUGGAAAAGAAGUGAAACUAAAUAUCAUAGGAGAAACCCUUUCAGUGUUGUGCAGUGGUUCAUUUGCUGUUAAAUCUACCCCAUUACCAUUCCCCUUACGCCUUGAAAAUAAAGUGAUCUUCCUGUUACAGGACCAUUGCUUUAUUUAUGCCACAGAUUCCUUGUCCUUUAAUUAGUCAAUGAAGGCACAUGAUAGCGAUACUACUUUUUGAUUGCCAUAUUGUAAAAGCUGUAUUGUAAAAGGUAACUCCCUCCACCCGCCCACUGCACCCCCACGGUUAGGGGCCACACAGAAAAAGUAAAAUAAGAUGAAGUGAAUCUGAUGAGAGGCAACUCUAACGCCCAUCAGGAGAUUCACUAGAACAUUUUAAAAGGACAUCUUUAAGGAAAAAGUUUUGAAGAUGUUGCCUCUGAUUCCUCCCUGCGGCUCCAGUCCAGGUCUUGGAGCCGGCCCUCGAGGGGAAUGUCCGGGACUCGGGUCGGUACCUUUUUGGCCUGGGAAUUUCCAGUAUGCAGAAAAAAAUCCACAAACCUAGUCCUCGCUACCCCCUCCCUGCCUCCUCUGGCCGUUCUCAGUGCCCACGCAACCCAGUUCGAACGAGAGGAUGACCGUAUUCUGUAUUUUAGAAAACAGGCUCUUAGCUUCCCCCGCCCCCGUCCUCACUCGAGUGGUGAACUGAAAGCGAACGCUAUAAAGGGCGCCAGUGCGAGGGGCGAGCUUCCUCUUGCCACGAGGUCAGAUGGCGAGUUCUUAGAGAAAAAGGCUGUUAGCUGCUGCUUAUCAUGUAACCUCAAAAGGAAACCGAUCGUCUUUCUCAUGCUGUCACGUACUUGGGUUAUUAUCGCUGAUUAGAGCUGGAAACAAUUGAUUUCCUCUUACGUAUUUGUUUGACUUGACUCUUCAAACACAAAGGUUAACAGGAAGAUCUCGAGGGCCCUGGCUGAACUUCACCUUUUGGCUUUCUUGGCCUGAUGCUGAACUCCCGAGGUUGAGCCCCAUAUGGGGGUUGGCAGGCAGCAGAGAGGCCCUUUUCAAGGUGUUCGGGUGAAGAACUCGGUGAAGGAACUCCUGUUGCACAUCCGAAGUCAUAAACAGAAGGGCUCUGGCCAAGCUGUGGAUGAUUUUAAGACACAAGGUGUGAACAUAGAGCAGUUCAGAGAAUGGAAGAACACAGUAUCAUAUGGUGGGAAAAGGAAAGGGCCCGAUUUGUUGUCUGAUGGACCAGCUUGCAAAAGGCCAGCUCUGUUGCAUUCCCAAUUUUUGACACCACCUCAAACACCAACGCCCGGGGAGAGCAUGGAAGAUGUUCAUCACAAUGAACCCAAACAGGACAGCAGUGCUGAUCUGCUUCAGAACAUCAUCAACAUUAAGAAUGAAUGCAGCCCCGUUUCCCUGAACACAGUUCAAGUUAGCUGGUUGAACCCCGUGGUGGUCCCUCAGAGCUCCCCUGCAGAGCAGUGUCAAGACUUCCAUGGAGGACAGGUCUUUUCUCCACCUCAGAAAUACCAACCAUUCCAAGUCAACAGCCCUCCACAAGUGAUAGACCAGGCUUCCCUGUACCAGUAUUCUCCACAGAACCAGCAUGUAGAGCAGCAGCCGCACUAUACCCACAAACCAACUCUGGAAUACAGUCCUUUCUCCAGACCUCCCCAGUCCCCCACUUACGAACCAAACCUCUUUGAUGGUCAAGAAUCACCGUUUUGCCCGAAUGAAAGCUUAGUUUCCUUUCUUAAUAAUGAAAGGGAAUCUGAGAAUAUUGCUAAUCCCGUUCCGACUUCCUCCAGUGUUCAGCAGCAAAAUGAUGCUCACUUGCACAGCUUCAGCAUGAUGUCCGACAGCCUCUGUGAGGCCAUGGCGGGGCACGAGAUGGCCUCUGACGCUUCAAACACUUCACUGCCAUUCCCAAACAUCCCUGGAAAUCCAAUGAAUACCACACAGUUAGGGAAAUCAUUUUUUCAGUGGCAAGUGGAGCAGGAAGAAAGCAAAUUGGCAAAUGUUUCCCAAGACCAGUUUCUUUCAAAGGAUGCAGAUGGUGACACGUUCCUUCAUAUUGCUGUUGCCCAAGGGAGAAGAGCACUUUCCUAUGUUCUAGCAAGAAAGAUGAAUGCACUUCACAUGCUGGAUAUUAAAGAGCACAAUGGACAGAGUGCCUUUCAGGUGGCAGUGGCUGCCAAUCAGCAUCUCAUUGUGCAGGAUCUGGUGAACCUCGGGGCGCAGGUGAACACCACCGACUGCUGGGGAAGAACGCCUCUGCAUGUCUGUGCUGAGAAGGGCCACUGCCAGGUGCUUCAGGCGAUUCAGAAGGGAGCAGUGGGAAGUAAUCAGUUUGUGGAUCUUGAGGCAACUAACUAUGAUGGCCUGACUCCCCUUCAUUGUGCAGUCAUAGCCCACAAUGCUGUGGUCCAUGAACUCCAGAGAAAUCAACAGCCUCAUUCACCUGAAGUGCAGGAGCUUUUACUGAAGAAUAAGAGUCUGGUUGAUACCAUUAAGUGCCUAAUUCAAAUGGGAGCAGCGGUGGAAGCGAAGGAUCGCAAAAGUGGCCGCACAGCCCUGCAUUUGGCAGCUGAAGAAGCAAAUCUGGAACUCAUUCGCCUCUUUUUGGAGCUGCCCAGUUGCCUGUCUUUUGUGAAUGCAAAGGCUUACAAUGGCAACACUGCCCUCCAUGUUGCUGCCAGCCUGCAGUACCGGCUGACACAAUUAGAUGCCGUCCGCCUGUUGAUGAGGAAGGGAGCCGACCCAAGUACUCGGAACUUGGAGAACGAACAGCCAGUGCAUUUGGUUCCCGAUGGCCCUGUGGGAGAACAGGUGAGAGGCACAGGAGGGAGAGGAAGUACUUUUUGGCACUCCAGUCUGAAACAUAAAGGGAGAUUAGGCUGUGCAGGGCAGAGGCCAGCUGUUGCUCUUUAGGUGGGCUCUGUCAGUGUCUGUGUCUCACGAUAGCCAUCAUAGCAUUUUGGUGUUCCUCUUCCUUUGGAAACAGAGCAGUUAAGAAAUCGGAGGGUUUAUCCAUAGACUCAAAAUGGUUAGACGUCAGGUAGUAGUCUGUGACACAGACUUAGGGUUAGAGUAAGUCAGAAUGGUUUAAGGUGCGGAAAGAGAAGGUACCAAGGUUCCUGCAGAUACCAAGGAAAGAGAAUCUUAGUCUUUUAAGGUAUGAGCCUUCAAAUAUUGUGGAUAUUAAAUGAGUUGUUAUAUGUGGAGUGCUGACAGUAGUCCCAGGUACAGAGUAAGAAGAGCUCAGUGAACAUCAAUAGUUAGAAUUAUUUCUGUCUACGAAGUGAUACUGAACCAAAAAUGGAAAAAUUAUGUAAUUUCAAGCCUAGAAAUACUUUACACUUUAAGCAGAAUUAAUGCUUUAUUCAUCAAAUAUGGUUAUAUGUUAUCAUUGAGGAUUGAAUAGUUUCAUGAGUAAACUUUUUAGAUAAUAAGAACUUACUCUUUUAAGAACUUAAAAUGUUUUUGAUAGAACUCUUUUCCUGGAGGGAAUGAGGGGGAUUGUGGCUGUGGGUAGGUCAUUACAUACUUUACUAAUCACAAAAUAAAAUAUGUGGAAUGCCGUUUAGCUGUUUCUUUGAUUCUGAGCUGUCAUUAUGACCAUAAUGUUAUAGCAGCCCCUAUGUAGAGAGCUCUGUGUAAUUUAGAAAGAAUCUUUCAAUAGUUUGUAAAGAGUUUUCAUGUAUAUUUUAAUAGUUAGAAGAACUUUGCAACUUUCAAGUUUCAACUGAGAAAAUUGAUAUUCAGAGAGGUUCCAAGGACCAUCAUUAACUUGUAAAAAGGCAGAGUCCUAAGCCCAGUAUUUGCUUCUACUUCACUGUUUGUGGUAUGCAGUCAUGUAACUAUGCUCUCAGGGAUUAUUGAGGUAUUAAGCCAUUUAGCUCUUCAUUAAAUAUUCUCAGAUUAUCUCCUUUUUGCUUUGGUAUUUUGUGUGUGUUGGGCAGGUAGGGGGUCUUUUCCCUGGCUUUUAUCGUCGUACUGUGAUCAUAUGUUUCCUUCUAGCAGCUAUCAGUUGUAUCGCCUACCCCAAUCUCCUUUCUUCUAAAUUGUUGCUUCGUAUCUGCUGGAGGCUGAGAGAUAGAAAAUAAAAUUUAUCAGGCUGGGUUAUAAAAUGAACCACUCUGAAUGAGCUGGGAUCUUUUCUGUGAUCCAUGAAGUUAUGUGUAGAUGCUUUAAUACUUGGAUAUCAUGACAGCUGUUUUGACUCGAAUGGUAUCAAGGAUUUACUUGUGUGUGUGUAUCAUAAAAUGUGGGUUUUGUGUUCCUGUUAGUUGAGGCUGACAAGAUAAGCGAGAUGUUAUAAUUUGCCUUAAUUACUGCCUUAUAUUAAAUGUUCUCACAAAUAGCAAGACUAAAAAUUAGGAAAAGAAUAUAGGUGUUAUUUAAGUUUAUGGAGAUUUUCAACUUCAGAUAAUUUUUAAUGGAGAUGUUUUACUUUCUUGGACCCAAAGAUUAUUAUAGGAGAUCUGAAAUAAGCUUUAAAAGUUUAGUAUUUUUAAGAGUCACCUCAAAAUCUUGAGUAGUAUUGUGUGUAUUUCUUCAUAUACUUACAAGUUAAUAGGAGUAGUGUAGAUUGUAUAAGAAAGGAAUGAAACUUAGAAGGAAAUAACACUGCAUUGGCCAUAAGAAAUAAACCUCACAAAUUUUAUUUGUUUCUCUUCCAGAUCCGACGUAUCCUGAAGGGGAAGUCCAUUCAGCAGAGAGCUCCACCGUAUUAGCUCCAUUAGCUUGGAGCCUGGCUAGCAACACUCACUGUCAGUUAGGCAGUCCUGAUAUAUCUGUACAUAGACCAUUUGCCUCAUAUUGGCAAAUGUAAGUUGUUUCUAUGAAACAAACAUAUUUAGUUCACUAUUAUAUAGUGGGUUAUAUUAAAAGAAAAGAAAAAUAUCUAAUUUCUCUUGGCAGAUUUGCAUAUUUCAUACCCAGGUAUCUGGGAUCUAGACAUAUGAAUUUGAUCUGAGUGGUAACAUUGCCUUCAAUUAACAGUAGCUUGUGAGUAGGCAAGGACUUUGAUCUGUGGCACAAAACAUUGUUAAUAUUUUCAAAGCAGGUACCUUGUAAAUGUUUCUUUAAGAAAAAUGAAAGCAUGUGAAAGGAAAAAGGUAAAUACAGCAUUGAGGCUUCAUUUGGCCUUAUGCAGUCCCUGGGAGUUACUGGCACUGGACAGGCUUCAGUCAUUGGACUAGAAGAAAGGUGUCCAUGGUUAGAAUUUGAUCUUUGCAAACUGUAUAUAAUUGUUAUUUUUGUCCUUAAAAUAUUGUACAUACUUGGUCAUUAACAUGGUCAUAUUUGAAAAUGUAUAAGUCAGUAAAAUAGAAAAGAACAAGUGAAUUGUUGCUAUUUAAAAUUUAUUUUACAAUUCCAAGGAGUUUUUAUUGUGUAAUCACUAAGUCUUUGUAGAUAAAGCAGAUGGGGAGUUAUGGAGUUGUUCCUCUGUUGGCUGAAAGAUAUAUUUGAAUUGUAAAGAUGCUUUUUCUCAUGCAUUGAAAUUAGGCAUUAUUUGUAGGGAAUUGCAUGCUUUUUUACCUUCCCGAGACAGGGUCUUGCUCUGGCACCCAGGCUGGCGUGCAGUGGCAUGAUCUUGACUCACUUCAGGCUUGACCUGGACUCAAGUGAUCCUCCCAUCUCAGCCUCCUGAGUAGCCGUGACUACAGGUGUGCACCACCACACCUGGCUAAUUUUAUUUUUUGUAGAGGCAGGAUCUUGCCACCUUGCCCAGGCUGGUCUUGAACUCCUGAGCUCAUGCCAUCGGCCUGCCUUACCCUUCCAAAGUGCUGGGAUUGCAGGAGUGAGCCACCGUGCCCGGCUGGCAAUUGCAUGGAAGAGAACACCUCUUUCUGGCUUACUCUCUAGAAUUUCUGAUUUACGUGUUCUGUGGAAAUUUUUGGUUUUUUUACGUUUAUAGAAACAACAAAAAGUCAAUAUUGAAACGUGUCUUCCUGUUCUGUUUUCUAUUGUCAAAUGAUGAUAAUGUGCCAUGAUGUUUUACAUGUAUCAUUCAGAAAAAGUUUUAUUUUUUAAUAACAUUCUAUUAACAUUAUUUUGCUUGCCACUGGCAUGCCUGAGGAAUGCAUUUGGGUAUGAUUACACACACACUAAGUUUUUGUAAUAAAUUUGACUCAUUAAAAACCUUUUUUAAAAAAAAAAUCUCAUUUGUGACUAACUUAUGUUUGCAGCUGAGUACUUAACUUCUUUUUAAAAGAUACCCUUUGGAUUGAUCACAUUGUUUGACCCAGUAUGUCUUGUAGACACAUUAGUUAUAAUCACCUUGUAUCUCUAAAUAUGGUGUGAUAUGAACCAGUCCAUUCACGUUGGAAAAACUGAUGGUUUUAAAUAAACUAAUUCACUAAUAUUAUAUGUCUUACAUGCAUUUUCUUUUCCUAGUGCCUUAUUUAUAUUUCCCUAGAUAGAAAAAAGUACUAUUGAUGAUUUUAAAUGCCUUUGAGUGAGUUAAUAUGUGUUAAUUUGGGUUUUUUGGAUAACAUGUUUCCUGAAAGUAUACAAGAUUUAACAUCAAAAUCUAUUUGCUAAGUUUACUAGUAGAAGUGUGUUAGGUUUUGAAAUUAUCAUGGAAGUUUAAUAGAUGCUGUCAAUCAUUCAGAUGUUUAGAUGCUAAAAAAAAAAAAA